GAAGUCACAUGACCGGGGCCAGGCAGAUCACGUGGGUAGAGGGGUGCUUGUGCUGUGUGAUGAGGAGAGAGGGAAAUGGCUUCAGUCCGGUCUGUACGUUCCUAUUCUUCGUCUUCUGUCAUUAACAAUGAUAGGAUCAGCUACCUGGGAGCCAAGAUCCCCCCCGAGGUGGAGGUCAUGGUGAGACAUGUGAGGGAUCUGGAUAAGGAGACGUUCAGGAAGAUCCUAAAAGCUGUGGUGGGUGCUCUUGAAGGAAAAGACUGCAGAGAAGCAGUGAAAGUAAUACAACAGAAUACCUCGCUAUCUGAAGAACAGCUUAGUUUUAUCAUUGCUGGAGCUUACACGCUGUUGCGAGUGGCACUCCGACUUCCAGUAUUAACCCUUAAACAAGAAGCAUUUAGAGAAGAUUUGAAAGAAUUAAGAAUUCCUGAUGAUUUUAUCGGUGACUUCUCUAAUAUUGUUUAUGGAAACAGGCGUCCAAUUCUUGAGGAUUCAGCAUUAAAACAAGAGAUUAGGUUACCAACUGUGGAAGAUUUAAGGUGGAGAGUUGAUGUUGCAAUUUCAACCAGUUCUCUUUCAAGAGCCCUGCAGCCUUCCAUCUUAAUGCAGAUGAAGCUGUCCAAUGGGGAGUCCCAUCGUUUUGAAGUUUCAGUUGCCAAGUUCCAGGAACUGAGAUAUAACGUUGCUCUGAUUCUAAAGGAAAUGAAUGACCUGGAGAAAAAAAAUAUUUUAAAAAUCCAGGACUGAUAUUUUUUUUUAUUGUGCACUUUACACAGGAUUCUGCCUUGAUAGUACCAAUCGGAAUGUCAAUAUAUGGCUACCCAGGUUUUGGAGAUAGUACACGAAUAGAAAACAGAAGCAGUGGAAGUAACUAGGGGUAACGAUGUGUCUCUCUACUAAUUGCAGCACUGAAUUGACAGUAUACAGAGCCCCAGACCAAACCGUUAUUAGUCUGGCUGGUUAGCUCAUUGGUGAUCAAUUGGCUAGGCAUGUGGUCUGUGACAUCGCUAAAGGGUACAAAUGUUAUAUUCUGUAUUUUUUUUGCAAAAUCACCUUUUUAAAUGAAAGGAUAUCAACACAGCAUUGUAGUAACAUUACAGUACACACAUUGGCACUGAAUAUAAAGUGACAAGUGAUGGUGACAGAAAAAAUGUAUGUAGUAUAGGGCGAAGCUGUCCCUUUAAGAGUGGAGGAACCACUCUAAUUGAAUAAAUACAUUUGAACAAAAAAGGUUUUGGCACGACCUCAUAUGUAAACCUUCAUCUUUAUUCAUGUAUACCCUACGGCACCAGAAUUGGGGGGGGGGGAGAUAUCAUAAAACAUUCAUGAUAAAUGUAGUCCAAAUCAAUUUCUCCAAUAUAUCUUCACAGAAAAAGUCCAAUUACCUUGAGAAGGAAAAUCGGAAAGUUCUUCAAAUAGUGCUCCAGAGUGAACAAAAUGCAAACUCGCCAGAGCUUUAAAGUAAAAAAGCCUUGUGGUAUUAAAGUGUUUUUUCCAACCUACAGCAUAAGUGAGAGCGAUCCUUCUAUCCUUGGCACUAAUCAGGCAGUAAAGCUCAGGAAAAACAUAUAGUAUAUGGCAGGGGUGCCCAACCAGUGGCCCGUGACCUCCUGUUUUGGGAUGGCGGGUCGGCAAGCCCAGAUCGCGGGUUGCCAGCCCUUUAUCCCAGAGCAUCAGUGUUGUGAAUGAAGCUGCCGAUAGAGAAAGCAAGUGGCUGCGGGGGGAGCAGAGCCACAUAAGCUGUUGCUUCCUGUAUAGCGCUGGCUCCUGUCACAGGUGGAGUGAUACCAAAUGCACUCUGCCAGGGACAGCAACAGCCGGUGAUGCUAGUAUGGAAUCCUGUUAUCAAAUACCAGUUUGGUACUAAAAUCACAAUGCAUAUAUGGACGUAUCUGUGGGUUACCUGCACUGUGCCGUAAACUUCUGUUAUUAGCCAACCCAAUCGGACCCUCCAUUCACCUCUAUGGAGCGGCAGAUGUAUCUGUCCCCCUUCCGUCUGGGCAGAUCGGAUGGUCCAUAGAGUAGAGUGUCUGUGUUUUCUCUGUAUAUUCAGUGUGGACAUGGGCCUGUCAUCCUCUCGCUCCGCUCAUUGUGGCCCGCGACUGGUUGCCGAAUUGUUUAAGUGGUCCUCGCUCUUCAAAAGGUUGGGCACCCCUGGUAUAUAUGAGUAUAUGUAUCACUUAUGAUUUUAUGGAACUUAUGGUUCUGAAGGUUUACAUAUGAGGUAGCGCCACAACCUUUUUUGCACAAAUUUAUUCAUAUUGGCACUGAACCAUUUUUGACUAUCAACUGCUCACCUUAGCAUAAAAUGGGCACCAAUGUAUGUGUGUAUAUUUCCAUUUAGUGUUAAAUGACCCAAGACCUGACUGUCACACGAACAUUCUUUCGCCAUAUGUUUUACCCGCUAUUUGGAUCAGUAUGAUGGCUGCCAGAAGCUAAUGACCCUGGUUACAGAGGAAAUUACUGAUUGCAUUGCGAAUUCCAUGAAGAAAAAAGUUGACAGUCCAAGCCACCACUGACCAACUUGUGAUGGGAGCAGAUUGUAUCCAGGUGCUAGGGAUGUUUCUGGAAGACUUUGUGAGGAAAGGUGUAUUGCAGUCACUGUGCCAACUCGGCAGCUUACCACUUUUCGGGCAGGUUAUUAUCUUAUCCAUCAUCAUCCAUCCAGGCUCUCUGAUUGGAAACCCUUAUUAAAGUUUACUUCUCGUGCACACAAAUAUGAUGAAAAAGAAAAACGAUCCUUGCUUGGACGUCUGAUGUUGCAUUGCCCAGUCUACAGCAUAGCAGGGAUCAUAAACUUCAGUGUUUGUAACAAAAAUAUAUUGAAGUAUUUCCCUUCAUAGCUUGGCUGGUGAUUGAGGACCAUAAGGUAAGAUGCCUUGGAAUGCUUGUAAUUUAAUUUACAGGAUGGGUACCACCACAUUAGAUGAAGGAGAACAAAUUUUGAUUGGUUGUUAUAGGUUACUGUACACCCCUUAUUCUAGGCACUGUGGUCUUUAAUAAAUAAACUCCAUAUUUCCUCUGGCAUUCUGUAAAUAAAGGUUAAACUGCCACAUGCCUCUACUAUAUUUUAGUAUAAAUAAGCUAUCAUUAAGUCCAUAUUAUGAAUUUCUGUGUCCAGUUAGGUAAUCUGAGAACGCAUAAGGAAAUUCAGCCUUCUGGAGCAUCUGUCUGGCCUCCUGUGCCAAUGAUGCUUGAAAAAGUCAAUAAACGAGUAUUCGUAGUGCUCAUUUUGUAUGCAUGUGCACCUGUGCGUACAUAUAUCGGUUUAAGAUGGAUAUUUAUGUGCCAUAUAAGUUAUUUUUUACAGGAUUAAAAUUACCUUUCAAGCAG